AGGUUAGCCCUCGUCGUCCUUGUAGACUCGCGUGGUCGUUCACGUUGUCGGCGCCCUCUUUGUAAUAAAAGGAAGAAGAACCCUGCAAGGACAACGAGCGCGCAGAAUACUGUAAAGAGAAGGUCCCGAAAGGAUUUUGUGAGUCACAGUUCCACACAUGGGAACAAAAGAAAGGCGAAAUGCAUGAAAUCAUGUAAAAUGUGCUGCGAUGAGGCGGAUCCCAAAUGCAAGCCGAAGGGAGCCUUAUGA